AUGUACAGACAAUGGGCCAUGCUGAAUGUUUUCAUGAUGUCUUAUCUGCAGUUGGUGCAGGGCUCCAGUUAUGAACAUGGACCAGUGAAGCGGACAUCUCGGUCAACAUUAGAACGGUCCGAACAGCAGAUUAGGGCAGCUUCUGGUUUAGAGGAACUGCUGCGAAUCACACACUUCGAGGACUGGAAGCUGUGGAGAUGCCGACUGAAGCUCAAAAGUGUGACCAGCACAGACUCUCGCUCAGCAUCCCAUCGGGCCACCAGGUUUGCGGCAACUUUCUAUGACAUUGAAACCCUAAAAGUGAUAGAUGAGGAAUGGCAGCGGACCCAGUGCAGCCCCCGAGAGACGUGCGUGGAGGUGGCUAGCGAGCUGGGGAGGAGCACCGACACCUUCUUCAAGCCACCCUGUGUGAACGUGUUCCGGUGCGGUGGCUGCUGCAAUGAAGAGAGCCUCGUCUGUAUGAACACCAGCACCUCCUACGUUUCCAAGCAGCUCUUUGAGAUAUCAGUGCCUUUGACUUCAGUACCUGAAUUAGUGCCUGUUAAAGUUGCCAACCAUACAGGUUGUAAGUGCUUGCCAACGGCUCCCCGCCACUCAUACUCCAUUAUCAGAAGAUCCAUCCAGAUCCCAGAAGAAGAUCACUGUUCCCAUUCUAAGAAACUCUGUCCUAUUGACAUGCUGUGGGAUGGCGACAAAUGUAAAUGUGUUUUACAGGAGGAGAAUCCACUUGUUGGAAUGGAAGACCACUCUCAUCUCCAGGAACUGGCUCUCUGCGGGCCGCACAUGAAGUUUGACGAAGAUCGUUGUGAGUGUGUCUGUAAGACGCUGUGUCCCAGAGAUCUCAUCCAGCACCCAGAAAACUGCAGUUGUAUGGAGUGCAGAGAGACCCUGGAGAGCUGCUGCCAGAAGCACAAGAUAUUUCACGCAGAAACCUGCAGCUGUGAGGACAGAUGUCCCUUUCACACCAGAACAUGUGCAAAUGGAAAACCAGCAUGUGCAAAGCAUUGCCGCUUUCUAAAGAAGAAGGCUGCCUGUGGGCUCCACGGUCAAGAAAAUCCUUGACUCAAAUUUGUUCCUAAGUUCCCCAUCCCUGACAUUUUAAACAGCAUGCUGCUUUGCCAAGUUGCUGUCACUUUUUUUUUUUCCCCAGGUACUAGAAAAAAAUCCGUUUUACCCAUAGUCCCACAGUGACUCCAGAUCACUCUUCCAUUGCACACCAGCUGAGGAUUCCCUGGUUCACUGACAGAUGUCUUCCAACUGAGAUGCCCCUGCACACCGAGAAUGGAGAGGAGGGGACCUGUGUAAACGCUUUUUUUUUUUUUUUCGGUGAAUGAGAAGGGUCUGAUCAUCCUAGAAUCAGAGGGGCCAUAUGAUUGAUUACUCCAAGCCCAUGAGGCAAUUUUAUAGUCUCCAAGUCCUUUGCUAAUGCAACUCUCUUGUGAAUCAUUCUGACUCUUUAUUAUGCAGAUUUCGAUUUGUAGGAUCAGCCCUGAUUUUCUGAUUACUGUCCAGCUUGUAGUUUCGAGUUUACUGAACUACUGUCUAUUGUUUCAUAUUUAAGUGUAUUUAAAGAAAAUAAACAUAAUUAUUCCGGCC